AUGCUGAAGCACCGGGGCCUGGGCGGCCGCGGGCACCGAGCGGGAGCGGGGCAGGGGCGCGGAGCGGAGCAGCGGCCGCCCCCUCCCGGCGGGUCCCGGCCCGGCCCGGCCCGGCUGGGCUCCCGCGGCGGCUCGCUCGCUCCGGGGGCGAGCACACAGACGUGCGCCGCAGCGUGCCCGCUGCAGGGCUGCUCGGCGGCGGCGGCUCUCCGGGAAGGGAAGCGGCAUCAAAGCACAAACGGCUAUUCCAAAGGCGAGGAGGGAGCCCCGGAUCCCUCGUUUAGGAGCUGCAGGAGGAGGGACGCCAGCCGCACCCCCGCGCGGGGGAAGCGGAGCGGCAGCGGGCGGGGGCGGGAGCGGGUGUCGCCCCCCGCCCGCAGGUGCUGCCGAUCCGCGGGACCCUCGGGCGGCAGUCGGCCCGGGGCUGCACAUCGCGGCCCGGCCAGCAGGAGGAAGGAAGAGGAAGUAGGAGAGCUCGGUCCGGAGCGGGGACGCGGCAGCGGCGCUGGUCGGGCGCUGCGGGAGCGCGGAGGGGCGCGCAGGGCAGCCGGGGAGGAGGAACGGGACGGGGCCGGCGGCCGGCGAGCCCCGCACCUGCCCGGGAGAGCCCGGAGCCGGUCCCCGCGGCGGGAGGUGCGGGCGGGGGGCGGCCGCUGUGAGAAAGAGGAAGCGCAGCGCUGUGCUUGUCAGUGCGGCGGGGCCUCGGACGGCGGCUGCCGGCGGGGGACGGCCCGGCCCGACCCGCCUCGCCUCGCACAGCGGCUCCUCCCGCCGCCCUGCCCUGCCCUGCCCGCCGGCCCCCGGCCGUGCCGCCACAGCCUCCCGGUUCUCCCCGCCGCGACUUCGCCGGCGCCCCCGCCUCCUCCGCCGCCACCACCUCCUCCCGCUCCGUCCCCUCCUCAGCCCCUCCCGUGCCCCGGGCAGCCCUGGCCGCCACCGGCUGCUCCUGGUGGCCGGAGGCCGCUGGCGAGGGCAGCGGACGGGAGCCGCGCACCGCCGGGCGCGGGGGGUGAGUGCUGGGGGGACCGGCGGGACCGGGGGCACCGGGGGGCGGCGUGA